AACGUAAUGCAGUCAAAUGAACUGAUAAAACUUUUUUACUUCAACCUCAAGUAGCACGUUCAGAAUAAAAGCUCAUAAAAAGCUUCACGAGUGAAUGACAUUUUAUUUUCUAAGAUUCAAAAACUUUUUCAUGUCAUGGCCUGUGCAAGUGAAAUCAAGCAAAACCAUUUUCACAGCUACCAGGUAAAUAUCUGAACUCUGGAAUGAAACGCACCCUCGUUUAUGGGUGAAGCAACAGCCUUUGGAAAAGGAAGUUGAAUGAAGCUCCACCGCCCACGUCAGUCAAAUGCGACAAACCAGGAAACAGGCUGUUCCUUUUCCUCAGUAAAGCGAGACACGCAGACGAUCAGACUGAGUUCAGACCAAACUAGCAGCUUCCUCUGAGUGAGUCCAGCUACAGGAGAGAAAAGUGGAAAACUCCAACACUGCUGCUUCAAGCUGCUGACGCUCCACACACUGAAUCUUCACUCACAGACUCAAUGGCUUCCAAAUCAGAGGAUCUCUGCUGUCCGGUCUGUCAGGAGGUCUUCAGAGAUCCUGUUAUUCUGUCAUGUAGCCACAGCUUCUGUAAAGACUGUCUGAAGAGAUGGUGGAGAGAGAGAACAACACACCAGUGUCCAGUUUGUAAGAGAAGAUCUUCAAAGGAUGAUCCACCUUUAAACCGAGCUUUAAAGAACCUGUGUGAGUCGUUCUUACAGGAGAGAGAUCAGAGAGCUUCAGAGGCUCUCUGCAGUCUGCACUCUGAGAAACUCAAACUCUUCUGUCUGGACCAUCAGCAGCCAGUGUGUGUCGUCUGCAGAGACUCAGAAAAACACACCGAUCACAGAUUCAGACCCAUCGAUGAAGCUGCACAACAACACAAGAAGGAACUUCAGGAAACUCUGGAGCCCUUAAAGAAGAAGUUAAAGGUUUGCGAAGAAGUUCAAGUGAAGUUUGAUCAAACAGCAGAACACAUUAAGGUCCAGGCCCGACACACAGAGAGGCAGAUUAAGGAGCAGUUUAAGAAGCUUCACCAGUUUCUAGCAGAGGAAGAGGAGGCCAGGCUGGCUGCACUGAGGGAGGAAGAGGAGCAGAAGAGUGGGAUGAUGAAGGAGAAGAUGGAGGCUCUGAGCAGAGAGAUAGCACCUCUUUCAGACACAGUCAGAGCCACAGAGGAGGAGCUGAGAGCUGAAGACGUCUCAUUCCUGCACAACUACAAGGCUGCAGUGGAAAGAGUCCAGCGCUGCCCCCUGCUGGAUGAUCCACAGCUGCCCUCAGGAGCCCUGAUAGACCAGGCCAAACACCUGGGCAACCUGACCUUCAACGUCUGGAACAACAUGAAGGACAUGGUCUCCUACACUCCUCUCAUUCUGGACCCAAAUACUGCUCAUCCAAAACUCAUCCUGUCUGAAGAUCUGACCAGUGUGAGAGUCGGAGGAGAGAAGCAGCAGCUUCCUGAUAAUCCAGAGAGAUUUGAUUUUUGCUGGUCUGUCUUGGGCACUGAGGGCUUUAACUCAGAGACUCACAGCUGGGAUGUCGAGGUUGGACACAGUAUAUGGUGGAGACUGGGUGUGUUAGAAGAGUCUGUGCAGCGCAAAGGAGAGAUAAUGUCUGGUUUAUGGAUAAUAGGGUGCAGUUUAGAUAUGUACUACACACGCUCACCAUCAACUAAAACUGAUCUCUCAGUAGAGAAGAAGCUCCAGAGGAUCAGAGUGAAUCUGGACUGGAACAGAGGAAAGCUGUCGUUCUCUGAUCCUGAUACUAACACACACAUACACACCUUCACACACACUUUCACUCACAGGAUGUUUCCAUAUAUUAACACUGAUGAUGCUGAAGUGAAGGUGUGUCCGUUGAAGGUGUGAGUGUCAGUGGAGCAGAUGAGUUGAGGAUGAUGAUGUUUCUAAUGUUGUUUCCUGUCAGUGAAUUGAAGCUGUUAAACUGCAGCUGUCCUCCUGCUGCCUCGUUGUUCCAAAGCUCUUUGUUUCUCUUUUAGUUCUCACUGUUUCUUUCUGUUUCUGCUGUCCACCUUUUCACAUGGAAAAUCAUUUCACUGUUUCUCACUGAAUGACUCCCCAAACUAGAUUUGAAAUUCUAUCAAGUUUCUAAUCAUUACAAGUGAUUCAUGUUUCUAUUUGAUGUGUGUAAAUGGAGAUGAUUUAGUUUGCUGGGAUAUGGACUGACAUGUGUUGAAUGGGAGGAGCAGUUUGUUGUUGUCUUCUUGUCUGUUUAUGACAACAAUAAAUAUAUUGUUGAAACAAUGAUUCAUGUUUAACUCCAUAUA